UUCCCACGUGAAAGGAGUGAGUGAGAGUUGGGCAAGUUCAAUGAUCAAUCACUUCCCCCCAAUGAUUAGCAAAAACAAAUCACUUUCCCCCCAACUUUUCCCCUCUUUUUCUAGAACCAAAACUAGAAUUUGACUAUAUUUUGUAGUGAUUCAAAAAACGGAAAAAAAGAAGAAGUUAAAAAGAACCGGCUAGACCAGGGCCUUUUCUUUUGUGGCUGCCUUUUACAUAUACAGGAUAUAUAUGUGUGUAAAAAAAACGUAAAUAAGAUUCUAUUCGGCUGCUCGUAAUCUGGACUCUUCCGCUCUUCUCGUUUUUUUUUUUCCUUUGGUUUUUCCAUUUUUGAAACUUAAGAACUGGCUACUUGGUCUUCUUCACUUACAAGUUUGAAAGCGAAACUCUGAAAUGGCGGAGUAUAGAGAAGCUUUGCUGAAGCAGGAGGAGAGAAUUCAUUAUGAUGAAAACUGUCCAGGUUGCAAGAUUGACAGGCUUAAACGCUCCAAUUCUGGGAUUCCUCUCAAGCAUUUGCUCUGUGCUUUCACUGUUUGCCUCGCUGCUGCUUUGCCGAUAUCGUCUCUUUUCCCUUUCCUGUAUUUCAUGAUAAGGGAUUUCCAUAUUGCAAAAAGGGAGGAGGAUAUUGGCUUCUAUGCUGGUUUUGUGGGAUCCGCGUUCAUGUUUGGAAGAUUUUUGACUUCUAUUCUUUGGGGAAUGAUAGCUGAUCGAUAUGGCCGUAAACCUGUGAUAAUGUUUGGCACACUUGCAGUGGUAAUUUUCAAUACACUUUUUGGACUUAGUACAAACUUUUGGAUGGCAGUUUCUAUGAGGUUUCUGCUUGGUAGUUUGUGUGGUAUACUUGGGCCAAUCAAGGCAUAUGCUUCAGAAAUUUGCCGUGAAGAAUACCAAGCUUUCGGAAUGUCACUGAUCAGCACAUCAUGGGGACUCGGAUUAGUCAUUGGUCCAGCUCUUGGAGGUUUCCUUGCACAGCCUGCAGAGAAGUUUCCAAAAAUAUUUUCUAAAGAAUCUCUGUUUGGGAGGUUUCCGUACCUCUUACCUUGCUUGUCGAUAUCGGUCUUUGCUCUGGCUGUGGCUUUUAUGAGCUGUUGGAUGCCGGAAACACUUGACGUCCAUACUAAAAAUGAUGAAGAGCAUGAAGAAUUCAGUAAUUCAUCGGACUCCAUCAGACACGGGGCUAAUCCUAAAGGAAAUUUGCAAGAAUCUGAGGAUACCUGUCCAACUUCUCAACAAAGUCUUCUUAAGAACUGGCCCCUGAUGUCCUCAAUUAUAGUGUAUUGUGUCUUCCAACUUCACGACAUGGCUUACGCAGAGAUUUUUCCAUUAUGGGCUGUCAGUCCUAAAAAGUAUGGAGGAUUAAGCUACUCAAGUUCAGAUGUGGGUGAAGUUCUCGCAAUUUCUGGAUUUGGCCUGCUACUCUUUCAGUUGCUUUUCUACCCAAUGUUUGAGAGGACUUUCGGGCCCGUAAUGGUUUCUCGAACUGGAGCUGUUGUUACGAUAUUGUUGCUGUCAAGUUAUCCUUUUAUAUCCAUGUUAUCUGGAGUCACCCUCACACUAGUGAUUAAUUGUGCAUCUCUGCUGAAGAACGUGCUAUCGGUUUCCAUUACAACAGGAUUGUUUCUCCUACAAAACAGAGCUGUGACCCAAAGGAAAAGAGGAGCUGCGAAUGGGUUAGCUAUGUCUGCCAUGUCUCUAUUCAAAGCAGUCGGUCCUGCUGGUGGAGGUGCAGUAUUUUCUUGGGCACAGAAGCGUCAAAAGGCAUUCUUUCUUCCUGGUGAUCAUAUGGUUUUCUUCGUUCUAAAUGUUAUUGAGGUUAUUGCACUGAUAAUGACCUUCAAGCCUUUUCUAGCUCUACCCGUUGACAACAGUUUGUAGCUUCCUUACAUGGUAUGCGUCCACCUAAGUAGUGAUGAUGUUUGAAGACUGGGAUCACUACAAGACAUUUUUGUGGAGAACUUUAGAAAGACGCCGUUGUUUUUCCUUUUCAAUUUUACUCCUGCUUAAUUAACUCAUCAAAAUUUUGUCCUUGUAUUGUUAGUGACUUUGAAAACGUUAAUCCUGUUAAGUCUUAUAGCAUGGUGAAUUUGAAUGUAAUCCUACAUAUAAGCAACAGAAAUGUCGACUGGUGAAGUCAACAUGUAGAGAAACGAAAACCCAGAUUUUAGAUUUAAAGUGCUCAUAAACAUUCAUGGCAA